UUCUGCUGCAGUCCUCUCCGUUUGUUACAGUGGUUUGGUCUAAGUGGUUUAGUAGUCGGUUUUGUUGACUGUGAAUGUUGAGUUGAGCGCAGUUGUUUGCUGUCAGCAGUGAUGUCCGUGUACAGACCGCUGGUGUGUUUGUUCAGGCACGGGACAGCAGCGCGCGCCUGGAGGACACUCACCACCUGGUCACCUGUGGGAGCUGCUUUCAAUGCCAGAGUCCACAGGAGACUAGACAUCUUCCACCAAAAUGUGGGCUUGUUUGGAGUCCCAGAGCUCAGCUGCGUGGAGGGCUUUGAGGUGGUCCAGGACAGAGCCCUGCAGGAGACUCAGCAGCUGGUGGAGGAAGCCUGCCGCUGCCCUCCAGGAGUCCAGACCGUGGAGAUAUUUGACAAACUGUCAGACAGCCUGUGCAGAGUGGCAGACAUGGCAGACUUUAUUAAAGUGGCACAUCCGGACCCGUCAUACCGGGAGGCUGCAGAAAGGACUUGUAUAAACAUUGGCACUAUGGUGGAGAGGCUCAAUACCAAUGUUGAUUUGUGUAAGAGCUUAAAGGACCUGCUGGAUAACAAAGAGAUCUUUUCCAAACUGGACCCAGAAACAAGAAGAGUGGCUGAACUAUUUCUGUUUGACUUCGAGAUAAGUGGAAUCCAUCUGGAUAAAAAAAAGAGGAAAGAGGCUGUGAACUUGAAUGUGAAGCUGUUGGAUCUGAGCAAUCAGUUUCUGAUGAGCUGCCACAUGCCCAACAGAAUAGAGAAGAGAGCUCUUCCUGAACACAUUCACCAGCACUUCACUAAAGACGGGAAUUACAUUCAGAUCGGAGGCCUGAAUGCAGAUGCGCCUGAUGAUCUGGUCAGGGAAGUUGCGUAUAAAGUUUUCCUCUACCCAAAUGAAAAUGUGAUGCACAUACUUGAGGAACUGCUGUCCUGUAGAGAUAAACUGGCUCGCUUGGUUGGUUAUGAAUCGUAUGCACAUAGAGCAUUAAAAGGAACCAUGGCCAAAAGCCCAGAGGCAGUUAUGAGUUUUUUACAGCAGAUCACAGACAAGCUUUCAGACAGGACGGAAAAGGAUUUUGAAAUGAUGAGGGAAAUGAAGACAAAACUCAACCCCAGAAAUCCUGAGCUAAUGCCAUGGGACCAUCCGUAUUUCAGUGGUGUGAUACGUGCAGAAAGAUUCAACAUAGAGCCAAGCCUGUACAGUCCGUACUUCUCGCUGGGAGCGUGUAUGGAAGGUCUGAAUGGUCUUUUCACACAGCUGUAUGGUGUAUCACUGCUGGCUGAGCAGCCCAGUGUGGGGGAGGUUUGGAGCGAAGAUGUGCGCAAGCUGGCUGUGGUGCAUGAAACAGAAGGACUGCUGGGAUACAUCUACUGUGACUUCUUCUACAGACCAGACAAACCUCACCAGGACUGCCACUUCACUAUUCGUGGCGGAAGGCAGCUAGAAGAUGGGCAGUAUCAGCUGCCGAUAGUUGUCCUGAUGCUGAACCUGCCUCACCCCACACGGUCUGCUCCCACAUUGCUCAGCCCGGGCAUGAUGGAAAACCUCUUCCAUGAGAUGGGCCAUGCCAUGCACUCCAUGCUGGGACGCACCCGCUACCAACAUGUGACAGGAACACGGUGUGUCACUGAUUUUGCAGAGGUACCUUCUAUUCUAAUGGAAUAUUUUGCCACAGACUAUCGUGUGAUCAGUCAGUUUGCUCGCCACUAUCAGACUGGACAGCCUUUGCCGCAAAGCAUGGUGGCCCGUCUUUGUGAGUCCAAGAAGGUCUGUGGUGCAGCUGACACUCAACUUCAGGUUUUCUAUGCAAUCAUGGAUCAAGUUUAUCAUGGAAAACCACAAAAUCGAUCAACUACAGAUAUCAUGAUAGACAUGCAGAAGAAGUAUUAUGGCCUGCCAUAUGUCACCAAUACAGCCUGGCAGCUGAGGUUCAGUCAUCUCGUCGGCUAUGGGGCGAAGUACUACUCGUACCUGAUGUCACGGGCGGUGGCCUCCAUGGUGUGGAAGCAGUGUUUCUAUAAAGACCCCCUCAACAGGGAAACCGGAGAGCGUUACCGCAGAGAGAUGCUGGCUCAUGGGGGAGGGAAGGAGCCCAUGCUGAUGGUGGAAGGCAUGUUGCAGAAAAGACCCUCCAUCGAGGACUUCGUCAACGCCCUCGUGUCUGACCUGGACCCUGACUUUGAAACCUUCAUCAUGGACUCAGAGGGCUGAGGGAUUUUUCAUAGCAGUAUAACUUUAUCUUCCUCACGGUACUGAGCACAGUCAGUAUUCAUGUUUAGAGAAAGGACUGCAUUUAUGAACCAAAACUGAACGAUCUCACAGCAGUGCAUCGUGGGAUAUAUACUAGUGAAUCUCAAAAAACAUGUCAAGAACUUGUCCAGGUCAUGUUUCACAUCAAAAAUCAGAAGGAAACAGAAAUGUAUGUGUUCUGUUUGUUUGCUUUUUGACAAAAAUAAAUAAUAAAAAAAAUGCA